GGCAUCCACAACUCGCGGCAUCAUAUUUUUUUUGUUUCGCUGGUGACAUUCCACUGCCUCUAAGGAGCACCCUACCAGCCACAACUCUACGAAAUGUACAAGAUCACACUUCUCCUGGCGUGCGUCUGCGCUGCUGCCGCCCAGCGGGGGGGUGCACCCCAAGAGAACUACGGCCCUCCGAUCCCGUACGCCUUCCAGUACCUCUCCCAACUUGAGGACGGCAGCCACUCGCACGAGCAGAACGGAGACGGCAGCGGCAAAGUCACCGGCAAGUAUACCUUGACGCACCCCGACGGCACCUCGAGGACCGUCACGUACUACGCCGACGACACGGGCUUCCACGCCGACAUUGUGACCAGCGAGGUGGGCACCGAGUCCAAAGACCCUGCCGACGUGACCAUCCAAUCCAGCGCUGUGCCAGGACCCGAGGCCGCCGUCGCCAACGAGGGCAACCGCCGCGGUUGAUCGGCGCCCGGAGGCUUCAAGGGCUAGAUGAACCGCUAGACCGCUACGACGCUUCCGCGCUUCAAACUGUGACGCUUGUGUGAACGUCGUGUGCAUCCGUAUCUACGAUCGACGUCGUAUCGGAGAUGUCGCGCGUCGUCUACAACAUCGCAGAUGCGGGCCUUGUGUAAAGUUUACUUCCUCACCCCGAUUCCUGUAACCUGUCCUCUUUCGCCUUUCGCGCUGUCGUGCUUCCCGUGUUUGUGUCUUGGUCUUGGUCAUCGGGUUCGUCUGCUGUUCGUCUUGGUUCGUACUUGUCUCUUGUCUGAAGUCACCUGUGCAUUCUCUCCGUUCUCCUUGUUGUUUGCGUGUGUGAUCUGCACUUCUACUGUAUAAUCCUCAACGCGAAAACCGUUGCGACUGUUUUUCCCCUUUUGGGCUAAACAAUCGAGGGAACCAAGGGUCCGCCUUUCUCUCUAUUGCGGGUUUGUGUCAUUCUGUCGUUCGGGGUACAUUCUUGGAGUAUCGUUUUGCUGUAUUUCCGCUUUUCAUUUCUUUCACGUGCCAAGACGUAUCUAACCGCCACGCGCCUGUGCUGGUGGAAGGAGUGUUGUGUUCAAGUUUCUUUUGCCAUUGUCAUUGCUUCCUUUGUGUGACUCUCCCUUUCCCCGAGUGUCAUUUUGUGGCUCAAUUUUAUUUUAUUUUAGUGAGCUAUCCGUCUCUGUGUACCCACAGUACAAUAAAAAGCAAUUGCCUUGACUACCAGUUUAUGCCUGUUUCAUGUGGUAACGAAAGAAGAAACUGUGGCAAGAAAA